AUAUAUCACUAUCAAUGGGAUGAUGUGGAUUGCUAGUAAGCGACACACUUACAACUAAUCGCGGUACUGGCCCCGUCACCAUGCCACCCAAGCAAACCAUUGAAGCCCAAAAUGCUGCUCCAGCAUCCGGUCCCUACUCCCAAGCCAUCAAGGUUCCACCAUUGAUCUUCACCAGCGGUCAGCUUCCCGCGGAUGAGUCUGGAAAUAUCGACUUGAGCUUAUCGGUGGCAUUGCAAACGGAGCGGUGCAUCCGCAAUAUUGCUGCAAUCUUAGAAGCAGGAGGUUCGAGUCUAGACAUUGCGAUCAAAACAACAGUGUUCCUAACGGACAUGAGCAACUUUGCAGAGGUCAAUAAUGUAUAUGAGAAGUAUUUCACUUCUCUUCCUGCACGUAGCUGCGUCGCGGUGAAGGAACUACCAAAGAGGGUCCCUGUUGAGAUCGAGUGUAUUGCUAUGGUUAGCUAGCAGAGUCAGUGAUCACAAGAAGGCGAUUGGUAGCGCGCUAAUAUAUUUGCGUCGGCCCACGUCUUUGUACGCAUACUGAAGUGAGCUUCUACUCCAACCAUUUAAUUUGUGGUCGUUCAUGUUACAGUGCGCUGCUCUUAAUGGCUC